GAAAUGAUGUCUCUGAAGUUCACUGGGACCUUUGGCGCUAGAUGCUGUUCUAGAACUUCUCAAUUUUCUAUGAGACAUAAAGCGACAUCUGCAGCGGCUAAAUUCGACCCGGAUUCUUAUAGGUCAAAGAAACUUGGGAGCCAAACAACUUUCAACAUAGAACAGAUGUAUUCUCACUUGGAACAAGAUCACCUGGAAAUGAAACGCCAAAUGGUGAAAUAUCUGUCAGAAAGUGAUCUUUUCACGCCAAAAUAUAACAUUCCGCUUUCGGAGGAACGCGAACUAGCCUUACAGAGAUUGAAAGCCAUUUGUGACAAUAAGUUCAUUUCGGUUUUUAAUUUCAACAAUGACCCUUUGAAAAUUUUCGCGGCCCACGAGAUUGCAGCGGUUGUGGAUAGCUCCAUGACCACAAAAAUGACAGUCCAGUUCAAUUUAUUCGGAGGAACUGUGUUGAAAAUUGGCACCAACAGACAUCAGAAACUAUUGGAAGGCAUUGACACCCUGGACGACGUCGGCUGCUUCGGUCUCACGGAGCUGGGUUACGGCAACAAUGCAGUAGAGAUGGGCACUACGAUCGAGUAUGAACCAGAGACUGAAUGCUUCAUCAUAAACACCCCGGACACUCUGGCUCAGAAGUACUGGAUCACGAAUGGGGCUCUGCACGCUAAACACUGUGUAGUGUUUGGGAAGUUGAUUUUGGGUGGGGUAAAUUAUGGCAUCCAUGGAGUGGUUGUCAGAAUUAGAGACUGCAACUUGGACGUCUGUCCAGGGGUGGCGAUCCACGAAAUGGGCCACAAGAUGGGUUUGAAUGGAGUGGACAAUGCCAAGAUCACAUUCAGCUCAGUCAGGACUCCAAUUUCUGCCCUGCUGAACAGGUACUCUGACGUGUCUCCCUCUGGUGAGUUCAGCUCCAGCAUCAAGGGCGAAAGAGCGAGAUUCCUCACUGUGGCAGACCAGCUACUCUCCGGCAGGAUAUGCAUCGCCAGCAUGUGUCAGGGCGCAGCAAAGGCGUCCCUAUCAAUAGCAGUGCGCUAUGCGGCCACUCGUCUAGCAGUGGGACCUACAGGACUCUCAGACACCCCAAUUCUGGCCUACCAGUUGCAGCAGAACGCAAUCCUCCCCCUCCUCGCCAGGACGAUGGCCAUCAAUGCUGCCCUGGAUAGAGUCAAGGUCAACUGGGCCAAUCAGAACCCAGACGGCAGUGAGCACGCUUCGAUUGUGGUGCAGUGUUGUGCCAUAAAGCCAAUUGCUGGCUGGAAUCUGAAGGAUGUGGUGACUGUUUGUCGUGAACGUUGUGGCGGACAGGGAUACCUAUCGUGCAAUAAGUUCGGACAUUACCUGGGUCUCGCGCACGCCGCCUGCACUGCGGAAGGGGACAACAGCGUCCUCAUGCAGAAAGUGGCCAAGGAAUACCUCUCCAUGUACAACUUCUCUGCCAAACCACAGAAACCCAAAAACUCUGAUAUAGAUUCUGUAGACUCUUUGAUGUAUGUUCUAGCCGUAAGAGAGUACACAGCUUUGGCUCAAUUGGGAUCCGCAAUGAAGGGUGCGAAAGGUGACAGAAAAGAAAUGUUUGAUUCCUGGAUGUACAAUGCCAGUGAUAUGGUCCAGCAUGCAGCAAUGUCUUAUGCUGAGAACCUUAUGGCAGAAUCAUUCAGAUCUUUAGUCGACACAGCCCCUGAAGAUUCAAAACCAACUUUGGAGAAAGUUUUUAAACUUUACCUUUUGGACACCAUAUCAAGAAGUUUAUCGUUUUGCUUAAUGAACAGUCUGUUAAGUAUAGAAGAGGCGUCAAAGUUAAAAAGUGAGAAACAAGUUGUUGUUGCAGAGCUGGCAGACUCAACGUUGGCUCUAACCGAGUCAUUUGGAAUGCCAACUUCACUACUUAAGACGCCGAUCAGUGGAAAUUGGGUGAAUUACAAUGACCACGACAAUCAGGGAGAAAUAGACUUCUAAUUUCUAAGAUUCCACGCUCGUCAGAGGAGUGCUGAUAACAUUAAGUGUAAAUAACUUUUAUUUGGAAGUUGGAAUUAAGUGGAAUUAUAUUUUUAUAUA